UUGGCUCAGCAAGCACGGAGCGGGAGGAGGUGAUUGGCUGGCCAGGGCGCGUGAGGCCGUUGGUCCCUUUGAAUGCGGGCGGCUGGUGGCUCUGCGGGUCUGCCUGUCGUCAUGGCGUUUGCCCGGGCUCCGCUCCGGCGCUUCAACGAGAGCUCCGCAUAUACCCCAUUGCAAGGGCCCAGAGAUGUUAAAUCUUCAGAUGCGCUGAAAAGUUCUCUGUCCUCUGAAACAUCUCAACGGGUUAGGAAACAGAAGAGUGAGUCAAGUCUGCACAGUGAGAACAGUGCACCUACUCCUGUAACUGGAAGGAGAUUUGCAUCUCUUGGAUCAACACCAGCUCAUGUUACUCUGAAGCCUAAAAAAGACCUUAUCCUUAUGAAAGAGAAAAAGAAACAGAAGACACUGGAGAAGGAGAUUCGUGCAUUAGUGAGAGAGCGUGGAGAGCAGGAUAAAAAACUUCAGGCUCUGGAUGAGGAUUUGGCUAAGACUGAAGCAAAGCUGAGUGCCACUGUUCAGGAGAAAACUUCUCUUUUGGCAAAUGUUGCGUGUCUAAAAAAACAGCUUCUGGAGCUAACAAGAGCCAAUGAACUACUAAAGUCGAAGGUGUCUGAAGAUGAUGUGCAGAAGAAAAUGAGCAGCCUAUGCAUGGAGUUAAUGAAGCUCAGAAACAUGAGGGAUGCUAAGGAGAAGUCUGCACUUGCAAAGCAGGAAAACAUGGAAAUGAAGCUGCAGGAAGUGCAAAGGAAUCUAGAGCAUUCAAGAGGAAAAGUAGCACAGUUAGAACAAAAACUGUCUGCUACUGAGAGAGAGAAAGUUGAAAACAAGUCUGACACUGAAAAACUCCUGGAAUAUAUCACAGAGCUCAGCACUGUUGCAGAAACUGUUGAGAAAUACAAACUUGAUGUUGCCCAGAUGGAGGAGACACUGAUAAAGAAAGACCAAGACAUGGAGAACUUGAGGCAUACCCUCAAAACGAAAGAGGAAGAAUCAUUUAAGCUGAUAAAUGAACUUAAUGAAAGGUGUAAAUUGCUUGAACAAGAAAAAGAGAAAGAGCUGUCUGAGAGCAGAGGAAAAUUCCUGAGUAUGAAUGCUGAAAUAGAAGAUCUCAAAAAAAACAUUGGCUUAGAAGAACAAGAACACCAAAAACUGCUUCAGAAACACGAGGACAUGGUCUCUCAGCUGCAGCAAGAGAAGGAGUCAUCUGCAUCAUUGCACAAGAAGUUACAAGAGAUUCAAGAUGAGGUAACACGUGAGAGACAUCUUCUGGAAGAAGAGCUGAAUGAUACAAUGAAUGAGCUGAAUAAAUUGCAUGCUAAGGAGAAGAAAGCUGAGAAGCUGGUGAAGCAGUUGGAACAAGAAAUCAAAUCUCAAGCUCUUGAACUUGCACAGAUGGAAGUGAAGUUGAAACGGAAGAAUGCUGAGCUGGAGCAAAUCAAAGAAAUGCAGAGCAAUGCUGUUUUGCAAGUCCAGGAAGAGCACAGCAAUACAUUGCGUAAACUUGGAGAGGCCAUUGCUGAGUUUGAAAGCUACAAGAAGACAAAAGCUGAAGAAAUAUGCAGUCUUAAACUGGAGAACACCUCUCUGCAAGAAGUAGUUACCAACCUAAAAAAAAUAGGCCAAGAUAAUCUACAGCUGCUUCAGGAAGCUGAGAACACUAAAAACAAAGCAAAGGAAGAAUGUGCAAGGAUGCUUUUAGAAGUCCAGACAAAGCUUGCACUGAAAGAAGCAGAAAUGGAGAGAACAAGAGAGUCUUGCCUUGCACAAGUGGCUAAACUUCAGCAAAAGCUGGAAGAGCAAACUGAAGAUCUGAAAAGAGAACUUGAAGCAGAAAGAUCAAGGAAAACCAUAAAUGAAGAUGUAACCUCUAGCUUAGAAGAAGAGAUAAAGACCUGGCGUAAUCUGUAUGAAGACUUGCAUAACAAAACUAAACCUUUUCAGCAACAACUAGAUGCAUUUGAAGCAGAGAAGAACGCACUCUUAAAUGAGCAUGGUGCAGCCCAAGAAGAACUGAGUAAACUAAGUGACGCAUAUGCUAAACUACUUGGCCACCAGAACCAGAAGCAAAAAAUCAAGCAUGUUAUGAAGUUGAAGGAAGAGAAUACCCACCUGAAACAGGACGUUUCAAAACUGCGUGCACUGCUAGCUAAAGAAAAGCAAACCAACAGGAAUCUUCAGCAGCAACUAUGUACAAUUCAGGGUAUUAAGCGUUUUGAUCCUUCCAAAGCUUUCCAGAAUGACAGCAAGGAAAACAUUCCUCCAAAAACUCCUUUUAAAGAAGGUAAUAAAAUCAGAAGUUAAUCUCUUGUUAUUGGAAAUCUGUGAUAUUUUUCUUAAAUCCAUGUACUACAGAAGACUUCAACAGAUUACUUGUUCAAGGUGAACUUGGAUGCUGUAUACACUGCCAAUUAGGAGUACUAGAGAAACGGUGUAAAAUGAUAUAUUGUUAGAAAACUAUGGUUGCAGUGAUACUGAGAAGCCAUAGGUGACUGUUCCAGACUCCUGGUAACAUCACUGUGCUCUUGAACUGAGAACUGUUCACUGUUCCACUCUUUUUUUGCAUCUUGAAACUUCUUAGUUUGUUUUCAGAGCAGCUUCAGUCCAGAAAAGGUGAAUAAGCACUGGAGAAUGAGGAUGACAAAUGAAAUCUGAUUUAAUGAAAGAUGGUUUUUUGCAUCUAUCUCAUGUUUGCAAUUUUAUGUUAAAUUACUUUUGCCAUUUGUCUGUUUUAAUACCAACAGCAGGAAUGCUGCCAAGACCCGUCUUCUGUGGUCUACAUAAUAAAGAAUGAAUGUAGAAAAUUGCACUGUACAGUUAGUUUUGAUAUUCUUAAUAGGAUCUAUAUCCAGGACAUGCUCAUUUAAAUCCAGGGGCUAGAUAUUUUUGCAACUGUUGAUCUUGAGGAGAGGAUUUUCAGGUCAGACUCAAACUGACUGCAUUUUCCUGCAGGCUGGCAUACUGUGGCUAAGAUCAGUGUCUUAACAGAAAUGUCUAUUUUACAAAUGCUUUGCUCACUGGACUCUUAAAUUGUUGUAAUAUUUUUGUAGGCAGCUGUUUUAAUUGAUCAAUGCUACGUGAGGGGGAAUAACAACAGAACUUGUUUUAAUUGGAUUGGUGGAAUCCACUGUACAUGCUCCAAUUGUACGGAAUUCAAUUUUGGCAAGGUGGAAAGAACCUGUUUAACUGCAUCUAAAAUUAAGAGCUUUUUUAAUCCCAAUAAAAAUUUUAAGUGAAAUAAUUUGUCUGUUUCCUUCACAAACCAGAGAUACAACCCAGAAUCUAAUGACAUUGUGUAAUUGACCUAGUGUUCUUUUCUCUGGUCAUAAAUCUUCAUAACAAAGUCCAAUGUUAUUCUUGCCUCUAAGCCUAUGUAUUCUCUAGUCUUCAAGAAGAAAUCAUUUUAAGUUGAACUGUAUAUUAUGUACAACCUAUAGUUUCCUUAUCUUAUUUCCUGUAAAAUUAUCUCAAUAUGUAAGUAAAUAUUGGAAUUUAAGUGAAAGGAAGAACUGUCUUCUUGUUAUUGUGUCCACUAAUACCCUGUGUAUGGGUGCUGCAGAGAGACAGUACACAAAGAUUAGUAUGUUGGAUAUAUUGCCAUUUGUACUGCUAUUACAGGCUUACAGAGAACUGAUAAUAUGCAUUUUUUGAUAUCUAAGUAUUAAGUCUAAGGAAAUAAACUGCUCUGUCUUGUCUGUUAAUGCCA